AGCUUUAUUCUCAUUGUUAUGGUGUACACCCAGCUCAAAAACGUCAAUGAAAAAAAUAUUUUUCGUGAAUCGUAUUGUAGAGAUUCGAUACGAGAGAAACACUGACAAAAAAGCAAUUUUAUUCAUUUUACCGACAAAAAAAACUCAUUGAAUUUAUGGUCGUUUGACCACUGCAUUGGAUAUAAUAAAUGAAACGAAAUUUUCCACAAUCAAUUUGAUGAACUGUGUGCGGUGGUGUACACACUUUAUAUUUUGUUUGACGUCCAUCCAUUGUUAAAAGAGACACAAAAAUUAUAUUAUAACUUGAACAAAAUGGCACGGCCGUUUGUGGGGCCCAAUUCGGUUGGGCAUGUAAUCAAUCGUCAAAUGGGGCAAAAUGUUCACAACUUUCGGAAAACGAUAUUCAGAGAGCGGUUGAAUGUGGCGAAAACUUUAUACAAAAAGGAUUUGAUAUCACAUUUUGGGUGCGUUAAUGCCAUCGAAUUUUCGGAGGAAGGCGAAUGGCUAAUUUCUGGUGGAGAUGAUCGUCGAGUACUGCUUUGGCAUUUGGAGGAAGCAAUCGCUGGAAAGUCUGAACCACGAGCGAUGGAAAAGCAACACGAAAGCAAUAUUUUUUGUCUCGGUUUCAACAGCAACAAUACCAGAAUAUUUUCGGGAGGAAAUGAUGACAUGGUCAACGUUCAUGACGUGCACACUGGCAGCGCGGUGGAUGUAUUUCUUCACGCCAAACCGGUAUAUGGACUGUCUAUUGACCGAACAAACAAUCAAAUUUUUGCUAGUGCUGGUGAAGAUGGUCGUGUGUUGGUGUUUGAUAUGCGCCAAGGUACCGAAGCUAUGUCACUAGCCAAAUACCGUGCUCCAUCCCAUGCUGUACAAUUCCAUCCGAUGGAUGGCAAUUUUGUGAUAACAGCUAAUGGAAAAGAAGGAGCUGCCUUUUGGGACUUACGCCAGCCGAAAGUACCUGUGUUCCGUUAUGGUGCUGACGAUGCGGCCGAAAAUUGUAUGAGCGUGCGAUUCAAUACGUUGGGCACACAGGUGCUAGCUCUAAGACGACGUUUACCGCCGAUCUUGUACAAUUCAUACUCACCGACUCCCGUCUGCCAGUUCUAUCAUUCCGACUAUUACAAUUCGUGUACGAUGAAAAGUUGUUCAUUUGCUGGCGAAAAUGAUGAUUACGUUCUGUCCGGUUCGGAUGAUUUUAAUUUGUACGUUUGGAAGGUCUCACAUUCGGAUAGCAACAAAUCAAAUCAAUGGAUUGACACACAUCAUAUGGUCCUACAUGGCCAUCGCUCAAUUGUAAAUCAGGUGCGUUACAAUGCACAAAAAUGCAUAAUCGCCUCAUCUGGCGUGGAAAAACUGGUCAAAUUAUGGCGUCCAUUCGAAACUGAAGACUGGAAGGGGUCACUGGUAGAAGAUAGUGCUGACAAUUUGCGCGAUGUAUUCAGUCACGAUGAAUACGCUUCGUUGCUAUAUGCCAGUGACCAUAAUAUGGCUCACGAUUACACUCAACAGAACACCACCGAGGAUCCACGAAUGAUGGCUUUCUUCGAUUCAUUGGUUCAACGAGAAAUCGAAGGCUGGAAUAGCUCGGAGGAUACGGAUUCCGAUAAGAGUAGUCAGCAUAGUUCUGAUGGCAGCUCUAGACCAACAUCACCCGAAACAUCAGGGAGUGAUUCACCAAACAAUUUUUUAACAAAUGGAAAUGGCGAACCGUGCCGACGUCCUCGACUCGCAGUGAUACCACGUACGAUAUACGCAAAUCGUAUCGCCUAUUUAAUAGCAACCAAACGGAACACACUGAAGAGAUUAGCUUUAAGGGGUGCCGCACAAACAGAACGUCGCGUUAAGUCGGCGAAAUUUGGUAGCAGGAAAAUGUCUGCCCGAAUAACCCGAAAAGGCAACGGAAAACGACCAGGUCGACUCGGAUUGAACUGUCGUAAACGAUCUCACGAUAAUCACAGUGACAAUGAUGCUCCACACAAAAAAGUUCCAUCGCGACGAACAAUGCAACAUUUGAAUACCUCAAAUUACAGACUAUUUAGACGUAAGACUAAGGCUCCACGAGUUGAGUCACCAUGUACAUCCGAUGAUGUACCCUCCUCGUCGACGGAACGGCUUCGAAAUAUUCCUUCGACAUCCCAUUCAGUUUCGACGAAUUUCAACAACACCUCAUCAGCGAAUGUGCAAUGUACAGAUACCAAGUUGACGUCAAGUGACGAUGAUGGGAUUGAUUUCAAUAUUACGAACAACGCAGUACCGGUACCGAGUACUAGCACAGGUAUCACAUCCAAUGGUCAUCUGUUCCGUUUAGCUCAAUCCCAUGCAGAUUCGGACGAUGAUCCAAGUCCCGAAAACAGUCCACGUGCAAUACCAGUACCGAUCAAUGGAUCGCAUCACAGUUUGAGUGUGAACAAUUACUCGUCCGGCAUCGAUGAUGAACGUCCGAAUCGCUACAGCAGUUCGCGUCGUCGCAAAACAAACAUAUCGAUGAAUCGAAACCAGAACAACUUCGGUCACUAUUCAAGUCAUUCGAAUUCGCGACUGUCGAGCAGUUGCUCGGAAGACGAUGAUGCGUCCAGUAACGAUAGUCUGCUUCCAUUUUUCGACAAUAAGAAACGAAAAAUGGCCCAAAAUGGUAAUGCUGAGGUGGAAGUGGUUGCCGAUGAAAAUGAACUAACCACAUCCACUCAUCAGUCAUGGUUGAAUUUCACACCAGAUAGUGGUAUAUCAGUCGUAGGCGGUAGCAGUACAUCCAGUGCACCGCCAUCGACUAGUCGACACGAUGGCAAUAAUAAUGCAAAUGGUCUCCGGAAUAAUGGCGACUCGUCGAUGAAAUUGUUUCAACAGAAAGUGGCCAGAGUUAGACGGAAUUAUCGAAACAAUUUCGGCGACGAUUCGGACAGUGAUUGAGCCAUAAAUGAAUUUGAAUAGAGUAGAUUCGUAAAGCCCCGCCCGCUGAACGUAAUAAAUAUAUUUUUAUGGCCGUCAUGUUAAACUAAUCACUUUACGUUUUAUGAGUAUAUGUAAAAUUGAAGAAUUUUUAUUUUUAAAAUCAAAAACAAUUCUCUCGCGUCUUUUUCUUAUCGAUUUAAGAAAUUCAUUAUUUUUUUGUCAAUUUUUUCUUGUCUGAACUUUGAUUUAAUAAUAAUAAUAAUAAUUUAAGAGGC